CGAGCUUCUGGUUUGCGGUCUGGACGGUUCACAAGAUGAGUGACCAGAAUAGUCAAAAUCCGAAUUUAGAACCUAACGCUCUUUUCUCUUCCCUGAAGGUGGGAGCUCUAAGCGGCUCUGCAGGCCUUGUCUAUGGAGGGAUUUCAGGCGUCGUUCGUUCUUCUCGCCACCCAGUGAUUCAUUCUAUAUCUUGUGGUAUCCAUUGGUUCGCCUGUGGAACCUCUUUUUGGUGGCUAAGGAGCAAUAUCUUGAAGCUCCAUUAUGAAGAUAAUGCCACCGCGAAACAACGCGCUUAUGUCAGCGCCUUGUCAGGAGGAAUUGCUGGCGGAGCCGUGACAAGAUUAAUGGGAGGUCGACUCAUUCCAGGGGUUGUCGUCUUUUCGUUACUAGGCUAUCUCGGGCAAGGCUCUUAUAAUGCGAUCGACAAAUGGCAAAUAGAGCAGGCCAAUGCUCCAUCUAAGCCAAUCAUCCAGCGAAUCGCUGACUCGAAAUGGAUCCCUCUCAAGUCUCUUUCGGAUGAUGACUAUAGAGGGCUUCUAAGCGAAAAAUUGCUGAGUAUUGAGGCUGAGAUGGCACUUCUUGAUGAAAAGAUUGAAGAACUUGAAAAGUCCAAGUCCCGUGGAUCAGAAGCAGGACCACCGAAACCCGAACCAAAGUAAUACAGAGAAUCGAUCAGUAUUCUUUCUCCCCUAAGAGAUGGUCCCCUGUCGAAAUUGCCAUUCGAUCGUUUGUCGGAUCGAAGCCAGAUGAAUACCGGACGACCCUUAUUGCUUCAAGGGAGUUCGCCCUUGAAUUUUUUACUAAACACGAGCACUACUAUGUGAUGUAUUAUCGACGGCGUAAAUACGGGACCUCCUGUUCUGUGGAGGAGUCAAAACAUGCUCAGUUUUACCUGCAGGAAAGGGUGGAGGGGACAAUUCUGAAAUUACAGUGUGCCCCCUUGGACAUACAUAUGUACAUCGUCUUGUAUAUUAGUUUACGGGAAAUGAAUGGUCUGUACGAUAAGCUGUAUAGUAUUAGGAUUUAUUUAGAAAUCUG